UUUAGUCACAAAAUUUAGUUUUUAGUUAAAAAUGAGCCGCUUAGCGCGGUAUUUAGUAUUAGCUUUAUUGUUUUUAGUUAGUAAAGUGAAUGGAGAAGCGUUUAGUAUUCGAAUAUCGACGGAGAACCAUGUGAAUGAAGUUGAUAGUAGAUUUGUUAGUUUUACGAUAGAUCCGAAGUAUUUGUUUACUAGCAGCGAUGAUUUGAGCAGUAAAGAAUCGACAUGCAUGGCAGCCUCACUCACACCAGCAUAUCUCCGAAUAUCCGGCCCUUCCACCUCUCAUAUCACCUUCAAUAAUAAAAGCAUGACCAUUGACCACCUAAACACAUACCUUCCAGAACCGAACAAGCAAAAAAGACAUCUAAUUAAAAAAGAAACAGAAGAAGACUACGAUUAUGAAGACAGUCAUGAGGAUAUUCUUACAAAACUCAGAAGAUCAAGUGAAAAAUUACUUAGAAGACAUAAAAGACAACUAAAUUCUGGCAGCCAAGAAGAAGAAACAUUAGAUAAUAAAGAGAAAUUAAAACCAAAACUAAAGAAAUCAAAGAUUCAUGAUAUAACGAAACUUAAAAAGAUUUUAGAAGAUUAUGAUGAUGAAACAAAGUCUUCUGAAGAUGAAAGUCACGAAAGCUUAUUAUCGAAAUUGAAAUCUAGACGUUUAACGAAAUUAAAGUCGAAUAAAGAGGAAAGUGAAGAACGCCCUAAAAGAUUAAGAAGAUUAUCUAAAGAUCAAUUGGAAGUGAGUCACAGACAAUGGAAGAGGUUUGCGAAAUGGGCUAAAGAUACUGGUUUUAGUUUAGUGUUUGCUGUGAACAAUGGUGAGAAGACUGAGACUGGUAUGUGGGAUCCUAAUCCAGCGUUGAACAUGCUCACUAUAGCGGAUAAGGAUGAUGUGCAGGAAAUCUACUGGCAGUUGGGUUACGAAUGUAACAACCAAACCCUCGAAGACUACCUCAACGACCUGCAAACCCUCCGCAUGAUGGUGGACACAUUCGACUCCCGCCACUGGAAGGUGGUCGGUGGUGACGUGUCAGCAUGCCUUGAAGCAGGUUCUAAGAGCGACUUUAAGGAUUAUGUGACGCUGUCCGCUGAUAAUAUGGAUGCUGUGCUGCUAAAUGGCAACUCAUCCUCCCAUGAGCUUGCCCGCAUGUCAGAAUCCUCUCGUCUGUCCCUGCUCCGAGUCCUCAGUACCAGUAACGCACUCUGGCUGACGGAACGCCCGCAGCAGCAUAGCGAACAGGCGCGUGCGGCAGACUGGCUGACCAGCCUCGGUUACUCAGCCAGGAACGGCUUCCAUGUGCACUUCAGAGAAUUGCUCGAGAAAGAGUUGUAUGAACCAACUUUGAGCUUCUACAUGGCCCUACUAUUCAAGAACCUAGUCGGCGAGCGCGUGUUAGAACUCACCAUGGAACCGUCCGACGGACAAGCGGCUCUAUUCGCACACUGUACAUCGCUGCGACACAAGCCAGUACCAGGCGCGGUAACACUUUACGGGGUGAACAUGGACAGCGAACCGGCGAGGUUCUCGGUGAAGCUGGCGAAGAGGGAGGAGGGGGGAGAUAUAAUGCAGUUUAUAUUGGGGCAUGAUCAUAGCGGCAACAUUGUCGUAAAUGGUCGGCCAAUGUUCUACGAGGGGAACAUCCGACCAGUCGUCAAGCGGGUCCGCCCAUUUAAGACCCUACUUCUCAACCUGCCUCCUAAGACCUUCGGCUUCUGGGUCCUUGCCAACACCAAGGUCAACGCUUGCUUUGAUUAUAAUGACAAGGAUACCGCUACUCUAGUUGAAGCCAAACCUGUAAAGAUUAAAGAGGAAAGUAAAGAAGAAAUAGAUGUUGAAGAAAAUAAGAGUAAAACAACAAACAAAACAAAAGAUCCAAAUGAAAAUGAAUCCAAGGAAAAGGAACUUAAUGAGAGUGAAGAGAAAGUUAGAUCUAAAAGAUCCAUUAAUUUAGACGAUUUUGAUCUUAAUAUCGAUCUAAAUGAAUUUAACGAUAUCAAUAAUGAUGAAGCAUUGCGAAACAGGAUCGACAGUAUGAACAGAGGUUUAAGAGAUGUUCAAGGUUUAAUUGAACUUAAAGACAAUCUGAUAACAAACAGAGUCAAACGUCAAACUUCUGAAGAAGAAUUUGAUAGCAGGAGGAAGCUGGGAAGACAAUCGUUAAAGAAAGGAGACAGGAAGAUUAAACACGAACAUAAACUAUUAGGUUCAGGCAUUUUUGAAAAACUUAUGAACAACCUCCAUGGUAUUAAGAUUUCAAAAUUAAACUUGACUAAGAGCAUUAAGGGACUCAAACAAAGAAAGUUAGGUAAAAAUAAUAUGAGUACACUUUCCAAGAGGAAUUCAAGGAAUUACAGAAACCGAGAAGAUCUCAGUGAAGUUGAUGAAGAUUCUCACUUGAGAAGGAAAAGGAGUUUAUUAGUUAACAAUAAAAAACGUGAAGAUGAUAAGACUGCGGAGAACGAAAUAGAUUUAGACGGAAAAUCGCAUUCAAAAUAUGGUAAAUUUUUGAAGAAGCAUAAAGAAAUGAUGAAUUUUCAAGAGGCUAUUGAAAAUGAUGACGACAGAUCAACUGAUUAUGAGAAUGAUAACCACAAAUCUAGAAAAGAUAAUGAAGGGAUAGAAAUAAAUACUAAAAUAACAGAAGACGAUGCAGAAAUUAAAAUUAGUGAGAAUGCUAACCAUGGCUUGUUGGAAACUGCUUUCGAGAACGUUCUCUCGUUAUUAGACGAAUUAAAUCACAAUUUAAGUAAACUCUGGUCAGCGCUGUCAUUUUUGGAUUAAAAUGGCAUCUACAGAUAAUUUAAAACACUAGUUCAC